AUGGUGAACGAUUUAGAAAAGCAUCUGGAACAGGUUCAACAUGCCGUCGAGGAUCACCCUCGUAAAGAUGUUGAUGCUGCAUUACAGUUGGUGCAACAACACGGCUUGGAGCCCACUGUCCUGGAUCCAGAGAAGAACAGAAGGCUUCUACGCCGCAUUGAUCUCCACGUCAUGCCGAUGAUUUGCAUAGUCUAUUUCUUACAGUAUCUCGACAAGAUCGCCAUCUCAUAUGCUAGCGUCACUGGUAUCAAGACUUCGGCAGAUCUACACGGUACUCAAUUCAACUGGAUUGCGAGUAUAUUCUUCUUUGGACAGUUGGCUUUUGAAUUUCCAACGAUUCGUCUGAUUCAGUUAUUUCCUCUUGCCAAAUAUGUCGCUGCCAAUGUCAUCAUCUGGGGUGCAGUUCUGGCCAGUCUUGCUGCCUGCAAGUCUUUUGCAACUCUCAUGGUCUGCCGUGCCUUGCUUGGUGUUGCUGAAGCUGCAAUUGUACCAGCAUGGGUUGUCUUUACGUCUUCUUGGUAUCGCAAAGAAGAACAAGCUUUCCGUGUCGGUAUCUGGUUCUCCAUGUGCGGGUUUGCGCAAAUGCUGGGAGGCUUCUUUUCUUAUGGUGUUGCCAGUCAUGUGGGCGGUGAUGCCAAUGCUGCUCUUGAGGGUUGGCAAAUCAUCUUUCUCUUCCUUGGCUUGCUUACCUCGGUGGUCGGCAUCGUCUUUUGGUUUGUCUUGCCUGACUCUCCUUUGACUGCAAAGUUUCUGUCGACAGAAGAGAAGGCGUUGCAUGCAGAGCGCAUGCGUCAGAAUGAGCAAGGUAUUGGUAACCGCGUCUUCAAGUGGAACCAGUUCUGGGAAGCCAUCAAAGACAUCAACACCUGGCUCUACGCAUUCUGGAUCUUCGCCGCCAACAUCCCAAACUCGACCGCCACAAGUUUCGGAAACAUUCUUGUGACUGGUAUGGGCUAUACCAAGAAAGAGAGCUUGUUACUCGUAACCCCUUUGGGUGCCUAUGAGGUCGUCAUCCUGAUCGGCCUGACAUACCUUGCUGGCAGAACAAAUCAAAGAUUAUGGUGCUGCAUCGCAGGUCACAUCCCUUCCAUCAUCGGUGCAAUCUUGAUGGCCACCACCAACAAAGUCCCCGCACUCAUCGGCUUCUACCUCACCGGCGGCAUCCCCAUCGGCUGGACCACCAUCCUCGCCCUUCAAAGCACAAAUGUAGCCGGCUCGACCAAGAAAAUCACAGUAACCAGUAUCGGUGUCAUUGCCUAUACAGUCGGAAACAUCAUCUCGCCACAGACGUUCCAGACUAAAGAUGCACCGAGAUACCUACCUGCGAAGAUCAGCAUUUGUAUCUUGUACUUUUUGAUCACGAUUGAUUUGUACCUGAUCCGAUGGUUUGCAGUCCGGGAGAAUAGAAAGAGAGAUGCUGAGAGGGAAGCACUGGGAGACAAAUAUGUGGUUGAAGAGAAUCAUGAGUUCCUCGACUUGACGGACCGUGAGAACAAAGAAUUUAGAUAUGCUGUAUGA